CCCGCUGCCUGAACUGAGUGGCACGGCCCUACCGAGAUCUGUCUCAGUCUGAUCUGGAAUCAGUCAGCUGGAUGUCACUCCCAGUGUUUCUAAGAGUACAGGGGGAAAAUCACAGAUGAAGACCGGAUGAAUACAGUUGUGCUGUAAAAAUGCCUUUAGAAUGACGGAACAAAACAUGAUGCUGGAAAAUGAGCUGAUCCAGGAUGACUGCCAUCUAAAAUGCAAGCAAUACCUCAUCAGUUUGUUUGAUGAAUCGACUGCAGAGUAUUUCCUCAGCCCUUCCUCUUGCUCAAAGGAAAUACCCCCUUGGUUUUCCCAGCUAAAAGACGACAUGAAAGAUCACAUGAGUGCUGUUGCCCUGUGGGAUGCUCUGCGACAACGCACUGCACAGAUACUGCAAGAAUCAAACACUGAACCCUCAAUGGUGAUCACUAAUCAGAUUGCGAGAAGGGUGACAGACUGGAAGACACUAAUGAAAAAGGACCAUCUGAUGCACCUAGCAGGGGUGAAAUACAUGUUCCGCUGUGCUCAGCAUAACCAGGACAUCUCUGCCCUCCUUCUACAACACAAUCCUCUUUUUGACUAUGGGAUAAAUAAUGGACUGAAUUGAUUUUUGACCAUAAUGCUGAAUCAACCAAAUAAGCACAUAUUGGACUAUGGAAAGCAGGGAUAUGCUCAAUUUUGGACACAGACAAACUUUACUAACUAAUUUACAGCCUUUUCCAGAACUUACUGUUCUAUUGUCCCAUUAGAGACUUGCACAGGCUUGAUACAGUAAAUGAGCCAGUUAAUGUGGUGCACUGCAGUUAGGCUUUGUACUUGCCCAUCACUACCAUAGGGGGGCAGCAAAUUGUAAAUUUGUCUUUUAGUCUCAGUGCUGAAAUAAUUCUUUUUUGUUGCACAUAGCAUCUCUAAUGGGACAACAAAAGAAAAGUAAGCUUUUCCCUUGUGAAUCUAUCACUUUGGGACGCAACCCACCAGCUGAAACCCAUGCUUCAGAUUCUGAAACCCUAAAAUUAUAGAGAAAACAUUGUUGAAUACUACUAGACUACAUGCCUAACCCCUUAAUUAGAAAACAACCAACAAUUCAGCAUGACCAUUGCAACCUUCCAUUUUUACUACUAUGUUGUGUUGGCAUAUUUAUAAGUAUAAAGAUCUGAAUAUACAAUUUUGACAGAUUUUUCUUUGUUUAGCCUACAGGAAGAAGGCCCUGGAUUUGUAAUGUUUGGAUACUCUGCAAUCAUACUGAAGCAUUAGUUUAGAAUAGUUUUUCCAUCAUCUAAUCGAAGUUGCCUCAUAUGUAUGUCUCUAGUCAUAACCUGCCUUAGGCUACAAUGAAAACUGAAUGUGUUUCAUCUCAGAUGGGAAGGUUUGCAAUAAACACAGAGUGAAGUAA